GGUAAAAGGGACACGCGCUUGGCGGGAUAGUGAGUGAAUGCAUACUGAUAAUACACUGGGACAGCGGAAAUCCUCAUCUCGUUGUUUAUCGGGCGCCUGGCAAUCAACGGACAGCACGAGGCUAAUUGGCCCUCCUAACCCUGUAUUUUCUCGGUAGUUACGGAAGCCCACUGCUGUCAGCCGGCGGAACCCGGUCCGCGCGCCAUCUGCGCGUGCUUUAUUUGCUCUUGGAACCCUACUGGAGAGAGAGAGAGAGGGAGAGAGAGAACGAGGGAGAGAUAGAGUUUGAAUCUAUACGCCCGCACAAAUCUAUUCAUCACCUCGGCUGGCUGAGGACGUGCCAUGCUUUCCCGUUCAUGGAUUUUCCGAUUUCACUCGGGCUCACGGGGACGUAGAGGACUCAGAUGGCUGUUUAUCUCACUAAAAUCACAGGCUCGCUUACUUCAACGGUGAGUUUUUCGGCUUAGCUACCGGGAGAGUUCACGAUGGCUGAGCCGCAGACUCCCGAAUCUUUGGCGGGACCCUUAUACGAGCUCGCCCCUGAGGCGACUACUCCGACCCGGGACGUGGCGGAGGCAGCGGCGGCGAUGAGCAUCAGCGAUACCUACACUCCGAGGACGCGGACAUACCUGGAGGUGUCUGCGGCCACCUAUGCUGGUGGGCAUCCGGUGCACGGGGCCGAGGGAUUGUACUCUAACGGACGGUACAGGGAACACGGGAGCCCACGGAUCGGUACCAGGAAUCGUGAUAGUUCUGCAGAGAGGUGCACUGGCACCGGGAAUCCACCUUGCGGUAUUAUGAAGGAUGGCUCGAAGCAAAGGCAGGUGAGAAAGAAGACAGUCUCCUUCAGCUCCAUGCCAAAUGACCGUAAGAUGAACAGCACAGCCGCCUGCAUGGCUUUUAUGAUGGAAGGCUGCGAGAUGAAGAAAGUUCGCUCCAAUUCUCGCAUGUACAGUCGUUACUUCCUGUUGGACCCUGACAUGCGCUGGCUUCGCUGGGAACCGUCAAAGAAAGACUCAGAGAAGGCCAAGCUUGAGAUCAAGAGCAUCAAAGAGGUUCGAUUGGGUAAGAAGACACCUGUCCUGCGCAGCAACGGACUCUCCGAUCAGUUCCCGGAUGAGUGCGCGUUCUCAAUAAUAUACGGAGACAACUAUGAAUCGCUGGAUCUGGUUGCAAGCACAGCAGACGUGGUUAGCACCUGGGUGAUGGGACUGCGGUACCUGGUGUCAUAUGGGCGACACAUGGUGGGCGUGGUCGAACCCAGUCAACCCAGCUUAAGAACAUCCUGGAUCGGUUCGGUGUUCGAGCUUGCUGAUCCAGAAAGACAAGGAUACAUAGACUUAUUCCGUGCCACCCAAAUCAUCAAGGGACUCAAUCCUGGCAUGCGAGAAUCUCGCAUUGAGCUUAAGUUUAAAGAGCUACAGAAAGCCAAGGACUGCUAUGGUGAAGGCAUUGAUUUAGACACAUUUGUAGAGGCUUACUGUGAACUGUGCACACGCCCUGAGAUCUUUUUCUUGCUGGUGCAGUUUUCCAGCAACAAAGAGUACCUGGACUCCAAGGACUUGAUGCUAUUUGUGGAGGUGGAGCAGGGAGUGGAGGGAGUCACAGAGGAAAUGUGUCGGGAGAUUGUGCGUAGGUACGAGCCCUCAGCUGAAGGGCGUAACAACAGCUACUUGUCCAUAGAUGGCUUCACACACUACCUCUUGUCGUCCGAGUGCCACAUUUUUGACCCACAGCACAAACAUGUUUGUCAGGACAUGACACAGCCCCUUUCACACUACUAUAUCAACUCUUCCCAUAAUGCGUCACUUUUGGAGGACCACUAUUGGGGCUCGUCAGACCUCAGCAGUUAUGUCCGUGCGCUACGCAUGGGCUGUAGAAGUCUGGAGGUGGUGAUCUGGGAUGGCCCAGACUGUGAACCUGUGGUCUAUAUGGGUAGUUCUGUUGCCUGCCAGCUGGCGUUCUGUAAAGUUCUAGAUGUCAUUAACCAGUAUGCCUUUGAGAGCUCAGAGUAUCCACUGAUUCUCUGUCUGGUGACACACUGCAGCGUUCCCCAGCAGAGAGUCAUGGCUCAACACAUGAAAAAGAUCCUUGGGGACAAACUGCACACAGAGUCUCCUAAUGCGGAAGAUCUCUACUUGCCCUCCCCUGAGAAUCUUAAAGGAAAAAUCCUCAUUAAAGGAAAGCGUCUGCCUCCAGACUCACAGGAGUCGGAAGGGGAGGUAACGGAUGAAGACGAGGGGUUCGAGAUGUCUAGGAGAAUGCUGGGUGUAGAUGACAAAGACCAGAUUAAUGGUAUUGGCUGCAAACGGUUACGCCUUUGUAAAGAACUGUCAGAUCUGGUAACCCUCUGCAAGGCUGUGCAAUUCCGUGACUUUGAGACGUCUAAACGGGAACAAAGGCAUUGGGAGAUUUGUUCUUUCAAUGAAGUCAAUGCCAACCGAUUCGCCAAUGAGUUUCCGGAAGACUUUGUGUCUUAUAAUAAGCGAUUUCUGUCACGAGUGUACCCCACACCUAUGCGCAUUGAUGCUAGCAACAUGAAUCCACAAGAUUUUUGGAAGUGCGGUUGCCAGAUUGUGGCCAUGAAUUACCAGACCCCAGGGUUGAUGAUGGAUUUGAACCUCGGCUGGUUUAGGCAAAAUGGAAACUGCGGCUACGUCUUGCGUCCGGCAAUAAUGCGUGAAGAGGUGUCAUAUUUCAGUGCCAAUGCCCGUGACUCACUUCCUGGAGUGUCAGCCCAGCUCCUCCACAUCAAGGUGAUAAGUGGUCAAAACCUACCAAAGCCGCGGGGUUCUGGUGCCAAAGGCGAUGUGGUAGAACCGUACAUCUAUGUGGAGAUCCAUGGAAUUCCUGCGGACUGUGCAGAGCAACGCACUAAAACUGUCUCGCAAAAUGGCGACAAUCCCAUUUUUGAUGAAAGCUUUGAGUUCCAAAUCAAUCUUCCUGAAUUGGCUGCUUUGCGUUUUGUUGUCCUUGAUGAUGACUACAUUGGCGAUGAGUUUAUCGGCCAGUACACCAUUCCUUUCGAGUGCCUGCUUCCUGGUUACCGACAUGUUCCACUGCAGUCACUUACCGGGGAGUUCCUGCCCAAUACCACAUUGUUUGUUCAUGUCGCCAUUACAAACAGGCGAGGUGGGGGAAAAGCCAAUAAGAGGGGUCUCUCUGUGAGAAAGGGCCGCAAGACAAGGGAAUACACCUCCACCAAGACCACAGGGAUCAAAGUGGUAGAUGAGCUCUUCAGGGCAUCAACUCAACCUCUACGGGAAGCAACAGACCUAAGGGAAAAUGUACAGAAUGCAAUGGUGUCAUUCAAGGAGCUCUGUGGCCUCACUCCGGCAGCUAACAUGAAACAGUGUAUCUUGACUGUGUCGUCCUGGCUAAUGAAUAGCGAGCGGAUGCUACGUGUGACAGUGGAUCUGAGCGAGACCUAUCCCAUCAUGGAAGCUCAGGGUCCCGUUCCAGAGCUGCUGCGCAAAGUGCUCACCGCUUACGACACGAUGAUCCAGACAAGUCGCACGCUGAUCGAAUCAGCCGACGGCGUGUACUCCAAACUCACACAAGCACAGCGAGCAGGGUUGGACUUUCACGAGGACCUGCAUCGGAUCGGGGCAAGAGAAGGCCUGAAAGGAAGAAAGUUGCAGAAAGCCAUGGAGAGUUACGCUUGGAACAUCACAGUGCUGAAGGGCCAGGCGGACCUGUUAAAGCAUGCAAAAGGGGAAGCAAUGGACACUUUGCGACAGAUCAACUGUGCUGCUCACUCAUGUGGCCUAGCCAAGAACGGAGCCUCAACGUCCCCAGCCUCACCCCUGCUGCCGCCCCACGCUCGCCCCCUUCACACCAUCCAUGAGAAUGAGACCAACAACAGCACCUUGCACUGAGACACUGAGAGAGAGAGAGAAAAUGAAAGCGAGAAAACGAGAAAGUGUAGUUUUUUCUGUUUACCUAUGUUUGAAAGCAGGUGGUCUCUAUAGACCAGGAUAAGGGAAUAGGGCAGCAAACCGAGUCAGGUCCGUCAAGGACACACGGGAGAUAGGUUGACUUUGAUCUGCUUGCAUUUCUCUCUUCCUGGCUCUCCGAUGCCUGCUGGGCUCAGGUCUUAAAUUGGCUUCCCCACCAUGGAGUACUGUUUGAAUGGAUUGAAAUGGUCCGCUCUCCUGUGGCAGGGCUGCCCUUGAGUAAUAACUGUGAUCACAUCAGGCUAUCAGAUGUCUGUUAGUCAAGAAUCCAAUGAAGUACUAUCCCAAAACUAGUCGUAUUCAACAACUAAGGCCGUAUGCAAAGUACAAUACUGAAAACUAAUAACAAAAGAUAAACUGACUGCUCUCUCACUCCCCCUGCUGGCCUUUCCACAAGUUUCUGACAAAUAUAAAACCCAUCAGCUUUCACUAGGGGUCAUGUACGUGAGUGUAUAUGUAUAUAUAUGUAUGUGUGAUGCGUUUAUGAUGUAUUUGGAAUAAGGAAAUGUGAAUUAUGUUUCUAAACUGGAAUAUGUCCCUUUGAGAAAGACUCAACUGGGAAGAACCUCUGGGAAAACACGGAUCUCAGCUGAUCUGACAAGCAAAUAAAUAUUUCAAUAAAUGAAGAAUUAAUCAUUUAAAGACAAAGUAGAGGACACUUUACCAUUUCAUUAUGAACACUUCACUCCUAAUAAUACAUGCUGUUUAUGAAUAUUCUGAAUAUUGUUAUUACUGCUGUUAAUAUUGUGGGUAGGUGUUAAUUAAAGUGGAGGUUAUUUUAUAUUUGCAGAAUCCAUCGACAGGUCUCAUUCUGUACCAGUUGUUCACUGGAAGAGGAAAUGUGAGUGGUGGGAAAUAAAGGAGGGUGGUAUAUUACUGUCAAAUUAAUGUCAAAUAAUGUUUUGAUGUUACAUAAAAGCUGAAUGACAUCAGAAA